AUGGACUCGACCGUAGCCGAAAAGACAGCAGUGACGAGCGAACUAAGCAAACAAGACCAUGAUACCAACACCGUAUCCCCCCGAAUCUCUCAGGAAUCAGUGCAACAUGAAAUCUCCGGCGACGAGGAUCACUCAGACGCGUCGACUGUCGCCGAAGAGCCCGCCAACACUGACAUUGAAAAUGCACAGCAUGUGAUUCGACAAGUAACAACAGACAUCGGGCCUCCAGUGCCCAUCCCGAGAUUGAAACGUCGAGGCCUCUUCGCUCAAUUGGCCGUUCUCCCCGAAGUAGAAAACCCAAAGACGUAUCCGCGACGAACGAAAUGGUUCCUGACCAUCGUCGUGGCCCUGGCUGCCGCCGCUGCUCCAAUAGGAACGUCCAUCUUCUUACCUUCUUUGCAUCAAGUAACCACUGAUUUGCAUACUACUGCGACCAUUGCCAAUCUAUCUAUUGCUCUAUAUCUCCUCGCCAUGUCCAUUUUCCCUCUUUGGUGGUCGUCGUUCAGUGAGGCGUUUGGACGUCGUUCUAUCUACAUCGCGUCGUUUGCUUUAUUUACUUUGUUUAACGUGCUAUGCGCUAUUUCGAAUAAUAUUGCCAUGCUCAUCGUCAUGCGUUUAUUAGCUGGUGGAGCAGCAGCAUCUGUUCAAGCCGUAGGCGCGGGCUCCAUUGCAGACCUCUGGGAGGUCCGAGAGCGAGGUCGCGCAAUGAGCUACUUUUACGUCGGUCCUCUAUGCGGGCCAUUAUUUGCACCUAUAAUCGGCGGCCUACUCGCCAACCGCUGGGGAUGGAGAAGCACGAUGUGGUUCAGCAUGAUUUUUGGAGGAGUCAUCUUCGUCCUGAUCCUCUUCGCUCUCCCAGAGACAUUAGAAUCGAGACAAAAUAUUCUUAGAGAAGCCGAGCAAACAACUGCAUCACUAGACAGGACAACAAGCAGAGUCUCCUCCACCGUGGUCCGCGGGACAGCCAAGUGGCUGAAGAUAUUGAAAAUGAUCUUCCUCGAUCCAUUGGCCAUAAUUUUGUAUCUGCGAUACUUCCCCAUUGCCCUAACUAUAUACUACGCUGCUAUCACCUUUGGUUCGUUGUAUAUACUCAACAUCAGCGUUCAGCAAACCUUUGAAGCCGCGCCUUAUAACUUUUCCACCCUCAUUGUCGGCCUGCUGUACAUCCCCAAUUCUCUAGGAUAUAUGAUCACGGCUCUCUUCGGCGGCAAAUGGAGUGACACCAUCAUGCACCGCGAAGCCGUCAAAGCCGGUAGAUAUGAUGAAAAGGGACGACCGAUCUAUCUCCCCGAGGACCGAAUGAAGGAGAACGCCUGGCUGGGCUGCCUGCUGUAUCCCGUAGCUUUGAUUGUUUACGGAUGGACGGCCCAGAAAGGCGUGCACUGGAUUGUACCGAUGAUAGCAAACUUCGGUUUCGGAAUCGGCAGCAUGCUCAUAUUCGCCGUCUCAACGACAAUGCUCACUGAAUUCCUUCCGAAAAAGUCCUCAUCGGGUGUGGCGCUGAAUAACUUCGUCCGCAAUAUAUUCUCGUGCGUGGGCACAAUCGUAACCUCGCCGAUUAUUCGUGGGAUUGGGAAUGGUUGGUUGUUUACAAUUAUAGGGUUGGUUGCCUUGGUGUCCGGGUUGGCGGUCUUGUCGACGAUGAAGAAGUUUGGGCCGAGAUGGAGAGAGAAGCCGAUUGAUCAUUGA